GCGUACGCCAAGUGGUUCGUCGACGAACACGCCGGGAUGCUCGCCAAGGUGCCCGGGUGGCGGCGCUCGCGGCUCUACAAGCCUUCGACGGCGCUCGAGGAUGAUGGAGCCGGCGGCGGCGGCGGCGGCGGCGGCGAAGAGGUCAUGUACUUUGCGUUACACGACUACGCGAGGGAUAACGGUCUUGGGGGAGAGGAGCACAAGGCGUCGAUGGACACGCCCUGGCGGACAGAGGUGUUUGACAAGUACGUCGUGUCCAAGGGCCGGCAUACGUGGUCGCUCUUCUACGUCUUCGGCCCCGCGCCGCGCGACCUCGAGUCGCUCUCCGCCCUCCCCGACGCGGCGGCGGCGGCGUUCACAUCCCCCGACGGCAAGACCUCGACCGUCCCGGGCGCAGACCCGGUCCUCACGUCCUACAUAUCGACACCCGACGGGCUCGUCCUGCCCUACCGACUUGAGGGCAACCCCUCUCCCCGCGCCCCGACCGUCGCCUUCUGCAACUCGCUCCUCACGUCCCUCCACAUGUGGGACCCCCUCGUCGCCACGCUCAAGCGCGCGCGCCCGGACCUGCGCAUCCUGCGCUACGACACCCGCGGGCGGCGCGCCGUCCCGCAGCAGCAGCACGGCCCCGUCGCCGCCACCCUCGAGACCCUCGCCUCUGACCUCGCGCACCUGCUCGACGCGCUGCGCGUCCCCGCGCUGCACGCCCUCGUCGGCGUCUCCAUGGGCGGCGCCACGGCCCUCCGCUUCGUGCUCGACCGUCCCCGCCGCGUCGCCCGCCUCAUCGCCUGCGACUUCAACGCCGUGUCCAGCCCCGCCAACACCCAGGCUUGGAAGGACCGCGUCGCGCUCGCGGAGAGCGACGGCGGGAAUGGCAUCGCGACUCUCGCUGAGCAGACCGUCGCGCGGUGGUUCCACCCAAACAGCAUGCACACGGCCGAUUUGGUGAGGUGGAUGACCGAGAUGGUAGCGGGGAAUGACGUCGACGGCUUCAAGCACAGCUGCACCGCCCUGUGGGACUACGACAUGAAGGCCCAAAUGCCGAGCUGCAGGGUGCCGAGCCUGCUCGUGGUGGGCGAGGAGGACGCGAAAGGUGCACUCGUCAAGGCCAUGGACGGCUUCAAAUCGUUACUCGGGGCCGAGGGCGCAGAGUUGAAGGUUAUCCCAAAAUCUGGUCACCUUCCCAUGUGCGAAGAGCCAGACGCCUUCUGGGCUGCCAUCAAGGAGUUUCUCUAGACAUUCGGCCGUUGCUAAAUACAAGCUUGUGCUAGUGCAUGUCCAUAUCAUGCGGCGUUUCCCGGAUGCUGCCAGUCUGUGUUCUAGGUUCGUGAGCUCGUACAAAAUACACUCUCCAUCCAGUACGCC